AUUUAGCUAACAAAACUGGGCUAGCUUAGUCGACGCUCGUCGCGUUUGGGUUUCCAUGCUAGGCGGGUAACGUUACGCUAUUCUAACGAGUCGCCGAAACCCGCCGCCAUAAACACGCCGAGUAAGUCGCCGCAAUACUUUCCAUGAUCGCUGCGAUGUUUUAUUUGUGGACGUGUCCAACGGCUGUACCCUGAGGAUCUGCGCUGGACUCUCUUUCUUUUGUUGUUGUUGUUGGGACGGAGCUGUCAGAUAUUUGACAGCUGCUCUGCCUUCAGGGAAAAGACGAAAUUUCGCACCGGGCGGCGAGUGCGUCGAGCUUUACUUCGGGGGCAGUUAAGCGGGGGCAUGUUGGCUCAGACCAGGCUGCGUUUCUCCUGAGCUUGCAUCCAUUUGGACUAUCCGCUCCCGGAGGAACUGCUCUGUUACUUUUUUGGUGUGAGGCGUUAGCCGGGCGCCCACGGGAUAAGACGGGCUGUGCCAUUCCUGCGGUGAUGACUUUAGAGUCCAUGAUGGCUUGUUGCCUUAGCGAGGAGGCCAAGGAGUCCAAACGGAUCAACGCCGAGAUUGAAAAGCAGCUGCGGCGAGAUAAGAGAGAUGCGAGGAGGGAGCUGAAACUUCUGCUGUUAGGUACCGGAGAAAGCGGAAAGAGCACUUUCAUUAAGCAGAUGAGGAUCAUCCACGGGACGGGCUACACAGACGAGGAUAAGAAAGGUUUCACAAAGCUCGUCUACCAGAACAUCUUCACCUCCAUGCAGGCCAUGAUCCGCGCCACUGAGACUCUUAAGAUCCAGUACAAGUAUGAACAAAACAAGAAUAAUGCUCUGCUGGUCCGCGAGGUGGACGUGGAGAAGGUGUCGUCGUUUGACCAGCCCUACAUCGGCGCUAUAAAGAUGCUGUGGGCAGACCCUGGCAUCCAGGAGGCCUAUGACCGCAGGAGGGAAUACCAGCUCUCCGACUCCACCAAAUACUAUUUAAGCGAUCUGGAUCGUAUUGCCGAACCAUGCUAUCUCCCGACCCAACAGGACGUGCUUAGGGUUCGAAUCCCAACCACAGGGAUCAUAGAGUACCCUUUCGACUUGCAAAGCAUCAUUUUCAGGAUGGUGGAUGUUGGAGGUCAGAGGUCAGAGAGGAGGAAGUGGAUCCACUGCUUUGAGAACGUUACCUCCAUCAUGUUCUUGGUGGCGCUCAGCGAAUAUGACCAGGUUCUGGUGGAGUCGGACAACGAGAACCGUAUGGAGGAGAGUAAAGCGUUGUUCAGGACCAUCAUCACAUAUCCCUGGUUCCAGAAUUCCUCUGUCAUCCUCUUCCUCAACAAGAAAGACCUACUGGAGGAGAAGAUCAUGUUCUCUCACCUGGUCGACUACUUUCCAGAGUUUGACGGUCCCCAGCGGGAUGCCCAGGCUGGACGGGAGUUUAUCCUGAAGAUGUUUGUGGAUCUGAAUCCGGACAGCGACAAGAUCAUCUACUCCCAUUUUACCUGCGCCACUGACACGGAGAACAUCCGCUUCGUGUUCGCAGCCGUCAAAGACACCAUCCUGCAGCUCAACCUCAAAGAGUACAACCUGGUGUAACAUGAAUGACGUGAAGUGAUGGAGAAGAAGAGAGGGGGAAGAGACCUGCAGCCCUACGAACAGCAGCACGCACUUCUCCCAACAUACACACACACACACACACACACAUACACACACACACAUACACACACACACACACACACUUGUGCGUCAGACACAAGCAAGACUCGCUGAGAUGAGCAGUGUUUGAUACUUCAUCACACUAAAUCUACCCCCAUCUUACCCCUGUGGUCCUUGGUGCCUGGUUUUCCCAUCUUUUAAGAUUCGCUGUCAUUGAUAAUCACACCUUGCCUUGAAAGCCCAUUAGACACAGUCCCGGGACAGACGGGGGCCUCGUCCCUGUGUUGGUUUAUCCAGACGUGGCUCGGACCCUUGAU